AUGUUGCAACCAGACACCAUCAUUGCUCAAGGCGGUGAUCAUUUCAUCGGUCUCGUUGACGAGUCGACUAUCUUAAAAUACCCAUUCUUUCCUGGCAACCGGGGUAGCUUGGAAAUCGAAGCUCAACUGCUCGACCUCCUUUAUGCUCAUCCCCGAAUAAUCCAAUCAAAGGGGCUGACUGAACAUGGUCUUCUUUUGGAAUUUGCCCCUAACGGCAAUCUUAGUGACUAUAUCACUUCGGAUCAUUUGAUCACUCUUGAUCAAAGGCUUCAUUGGUGUCAACAAGCUGCCGAGGCAGUGAGUUAUAUCCAUACAAAGCGUGUCAUCCAUUGCGAUCUGAAUACCCGGAAUCUGCUUCUUGAUGAGAACUUUGAUCUGAUACUUGCGGAUUUUCAAGGGAUGCUCAAGUCCACCGAUGGUCAAACAUUGUUAGACGGGCUAUCUCGUGAGUGUUCAAAGUCCUUUCAACCGCGUAUUCAUGGGGACUAUGCGGAUGUGCAUACUGAUCUUUUUGCACUUGGCUCUGUGAUUUAUUAUAUCAUGACUGGACACGAAAUAUUUCCGGAGUUAGAUAGUCUUGAGGAUGAUGAGGAGAUACUGUCCUUGUUUGAACGAGGGAUAUUUCCAUCUGAUGAGCAGGAGCAUGUAUGUUACUAUAUCACGGAAAAAUGUUGGAAGCAGAAAUAUCAGUCUGCUGGAGAUGUUGUUCAGGAUAUCGCCCAGUUACAGGGAAUAUCUGAGAAGGAUAGCGGGAUUUAG